AUGCUCAAGUUCCUUAUCGACGGUGGAGAUUGGCAUGGUCUGCUAGAGGACAUGUGCAACAUAGUACAUAAGAACAGGAUGUGGGGAGAGCCAAAGGCUAGGACUGGAUUAUCCUAUAUGAAGCGUGAGAUUGGACGAAGCCAGGGGCUUAGAAAGGAGGCUCAUGAUUUCAUCUACGGUGAGGGGAAGAAUCCUUUCCAUGACAGUUAUUGUGAUACUAUGGAGUUGGAGUCCUGA